AAAGUCCAGAUAUCUUGGCUCAUGCGCGUACGCGCUAGUAGGCGCGUCCACGUCUGCGGGUGCAGACAUUGGUCGGCUCAGCGCGCUUAGGCGGAGCCUAUAACUCUAGGCGGCGCGCGCCGGUUUGGUUUGUCGCGUCCGCGUAUGCGAAUCAGACACGAGUCCGCUCAGGAUCAGCUGUCUGACCGUACAAUUUUCAGAGGCGGAGCUGUAUCCUCUAGGCGGAGCCAAAACGAAUGUGACAGUAACGCGGGUUGGGCGACUUGAAGGCGGAUCCGUAUAGCAGUCUUCUGCUGUGUGGGAUAUAUCUGUAUCAUGAAUCAAGACUGGACCCCGACUUAAACAAGUUGAAAAACUUAUUCGGGUGUUACCAUUUAGUGGUCAAUUGUACGGAAUAUGUACUUCACUGUGCAACCUACUAAUAAAAGUCUCAAUCAAAAAAACACAGACUGGGAAGGAACCCCCGGACUACAAAGCAGACCCCGCAGGCUACCGGAGCGAGCCCCAAGAAGCCCACAACACGCAGGGGCAGAGGAAACUCUGCCUCCGAAUGCUGCACAGAUGUUUCUGGAUUCUGAGUCAUGGGGAAGGCAAAAGAAUUGUCAACGGAUCUGCGAGAAAAGCACAAUGGAGGUUCCGUCAUCGUCCAACAAGAACGUGCUGCUGCAGGUGUGGUGCGGUCUCCUCACCGUGGCCAUGGUGGUCAUGGCCGCGCUUCUUGUGACCAUCAAAGCAAAAUCCAACGAGGAUGGACUUUCACUACCUACACUGACAAGGGCAGAUCAUUUCCGCCCAACAGGAUUGUCCUCUUCAUACAUUCAGCUAAUGAAAUCUUCCAGCAGUCACCCUUGGGUGACGGGCCCGCCCUCCUGCGACCCCUGCACCCUGACGCUGCGGGACGACUCCAUCCAGAGUGCCAAGGACGGCGUCUACUUCCUGUACGUCCACGUCACCUUCACCAAAGGCCUCAGGAGCAGCAAAGACAAAUCGGUGGUUUUGACGAGAAACGCCACGAGUGGUAAAAGCACCAGGAAAUUGGUGGAGGGGACCUUCCCUGCCACGACCCACGGGUCCGUGUGGGUGGCAAACAUGGUGCGACUCCAGGAGGGAGACAGCGUCAGCGUGAAUAUCAGUGGAGACUUCUUGACUGAGGAGACAUUUUGGGGGGCCUUUGAGCUCCAUUAGUAGGGAGCUCUAUAUGCAGAUAAUGUGAUGUGUGUAGGGCCCUGUGAUCGGUGGGGGCGUAUAUAAAAUGUUAUUUAAUGAAUGACAGGGCGCUUCAUAUGAACAAACGUAGCCCCUUUCUGCUCCAUCACUGAUAAAAAUAUAUUGGCAAAUUUCCCCAGAUGUUCACAUUGCGGGUGCUGGGCUGGUAUGCAGUUAGGUCGGAGAAGUGUC